GUGCACCGGAUGCACUUGCCCUGAUAUUGCACGAGCCAGCACUCGCAAUGCUUAUGAGUAUUAAUAUAAUCGUUUUUGUUUUACCAGAAAAGUACUCCUCUCAGUGUAUCAGAAGUGUUUAAUCAAAUCUUCCGCAUCCAAACCGUGAAUAUUGUCACCAUCACCGUCGACCAUUGAAUCAAUCGCUUGAGCUUUAUAUGCAUAUUAUGGGGCCAGAAGCUCUACAGCGCCGUGCACUUACCAGAAGACCUCUUGCACAGAGAGGAAGUGGUAGUAACUGAAAUACUACACUCACAGAACAGACAUCCGGGCCUCACGGCCACCCACCAACCCCCCUUCAAGGCACAACCGCAACAAUGAGCCUCCACUUCCUCGGUAUCCGCGACUUCCCCAUCCUUCACCAGCAACUGCGCUCCCCCACCACCCAAGCCCUCCAUUCCCGAGACGCAACUGAGGAUAUCACCCACGACAGCAAAGACGUGCUCAUCCAGCGUCUCCUCGACCUAGCCACGCACCUGCAAUCGCAGGACCUGCGCGAUGGUGAUGUCUCCCUCCUCCACCGCGAUGCAGACAGCAUGGAACGUACUCUGCGGCAAUCGCCCGUCCUACGGCAACAGUCGAGUUUCCAGUCGUUUACGAGCGUGGGGAGCGGUGUUAGCAGGGGAGGGGAGGAUGAGCGUUUUUGGCAGCCGCUGUCGCCAAGCAUGAAGAGUCCGGGUAGGAUGUUCGGGGUGUCGAGGGCGCCGUCAAGGGCUGGGCCUGUGGGUGGACUAUCGGCGACAAAGUCGGCGUUGUUGGCGGAGGAGGCGGAAGCGCUGCUGGUUCAGCUUACGAAGACGGUGUCGGAGCUGAAGGAGAGGCGGGAGGAGUCGGAGCAUAUCCACGAUCUUCUCGUCGUGCGGGCUGAAAAAGCAGCACAGCGAGUGAUAGAACUUGAGGAUCACGUGUCGGAGUUAGAUGCAGACUAUGAGAGCACGGAAUUGGAGCUGAACUUUUUGCGUGUCCAGCUGCGCGCGCUCGAAGUUCAGGGGCUAGACUAUGUGCAGUUUAAUGAUGACGAGGAGUUGACGCAGAGCAUCAUCAAUUGGAAGCAGCAGUGGGCGGAUGUGGAGCAGCGCACGAAGGCAAGGCGGCGGAAGAUUAAGUCUGAGACGUCGAAGACAUCAACGGGAACAGGGACGCUAACGCCGACACCGACGCCGAUGCCGACGAUUGGAAGCCAGGGAGGGCUGGGACUGUCUUUAUAGGCGUGGUAGGAGUGAUGUACAUGCUUGUUGGAUCAUUGGGGGGGGCUGCAUUGUACAAUAUUUUAAGGCGGUACCCUGGAGAAUUUCAGGAUGAUGGACGACCAGCGUAU